AUGCUACGGGACCCCAUACAUCUAGAUAGCCCACAGCAUAUUUUAGACAUUGGUACUGGGAUAGGGGCAAUUAACGCUGCAAAUAAAUACCCAUCUGCAGAAGUCAUUGGGACGGACCUUAGUCCCAUUCAACGAUCGUGGGUGCCGCCAAACUGCAGGUUUGAAGUUGAGGACGCAGAGAGUCCGUGGACGUCUUCAAGGGAAUCAUUCGAUCUUAUUCACUCUAGGCAUCUGAUGGGAGCUAUAUCGGACUAG